AUGGGCCUUGAGCAUUGGAAACUGCUGGGCAACCUGAAGACUACAGUGGAGGGUUUGGUGUCCACCAGCAACCCAAAUGUCUGGUCCAAGUAUGGCGGCUUGGAACGGCUCUGCAGAGACAUGCACAGCAUCCUCUACCACGGGCUCAUCCACGACAAGGUGUGCUGCAGACAGAAGGAUUACUGGCAGUUUGUGAAGGACAUUCGCUGGCUAAGUCCUGGCUCUGCUCAUCACCUGGAGAAGUUCAUCAGCCUGCAGGAGGGCGGGCAGCGUGCCACAGAGGGCCCGGGGGAGCCGGCCAUCGCGCAGCUCUGGCUGCAGCACAGCCUGCAGUGCCACUGCCUGUCCGCGCAGCUGCGGCCGCUCCUGGGCAACCGCCAGUACAUCAGGAAGUUCUACGCAGACACUGCCUUCCUGCUCAGUGACGCCCACGUCACGGCCAUGCUGCAGUGCCUGGAGGCUGUCGAGCAGAACAACCCCAGGCUUCUGGCUCAGAUCGACACCUCCAUGCUUACCAGGAAGAGCGAGGGUCUGGCGGUGACCAAGAGUCAGAGCCUGACUGCCCUGCCUGCGGCCCCGUACGUCCCUGCUGCAGGCUGCACGCAGCAGCGCUGUUUUGGGUCCUUCUCCAGCCUCCACCAUCCAGACUCCUCUGGCCUCUCAGACAGGAGACCAGCAAGCUCCUCUGUCAGCUCCAGUGCCAGCCAGCCCCAGGAGCGCUGCCCGUCCAGCCGGUCUUCUUCCUUCAGUGAGGGCAGGUCCCCUCUGCAGCAGCCUAGCUCUGUCACCUGCUUCCCCGUCCCCUCACCCAAAGAGCCCUUCUCUCCGGCCAGUGAGAUGAGCUCCAGCACCACCAGCCAGAGCGAGGACGUGUGGGCGGGGAGCCAGGACGACGCGCAGAGCGACGUUAACGACGGGCCGGAGUACCUGGCCAUCGGGAACCUGGGGCGCCGGGGCCGGGCCUGCAGCAGCACCAGCACCAACAGCACCAAGAGCAGUAGCUCCAAACUCUUCUCCUCCAGCAGCUCCCAGAAGCUGGACUCCAUCUCGUCGCUGGGGGAGCAGGGAGCAAGCGGAGGUGGAGGCAGAGGCCUGAGCCUGUUGCGCCGAUCCAGCUUCUCGGAGGGACAGUCGUCGGCUCCCCAGAGCCUUCUCAAGAAGAGCCACGUGCGCUCGCACUCCGACACGAACGUGGCCUCGGGGAAGUCGCACGAGUCCCAUGGCGACCCAGGUGGAGGGAGGGGGUUGGUCUCUGCUUCCACCCAGAGCACUGAGCUGAACACACCCAGCUCCCUCUACAUGGAGUACGACUCUGGACAGUACCUGAGCUCGGGGGAAGGGAUUUUCCGAAGACCCUCAGAAGGACAGUCCCUUAUCAGCUACCUCUCUGAGCAGGACUUUGGGAGCUGUGCAGAUCUGGAGAAGGAGAAUGCCCACUUCAGCAUCUCAGAGUCCCUGAUCGCCGCCAUUGAGUUGAUGAAAUGCAACAUGAUGAGCAGGCAGCUGGAGGAGGAGGAGGAGGAAGACAGUGACAAGGAGAUUCAGAAGCUCAAACAGAAGAUUCGCAUUCGGCGCCAGCAGAUCCGCACCAGGCACCUGUUUCCUACCUGCCAGGAGAUGGGCUCAGACAGUCUUGUGGACAGCGGAUCCCUGUUCAGCUCCCACGGCUCCAUGCGCCUCUCUGACUCCGGCUCCGCAGAGGAUGUGGAAGAGUUCGAGAUCCGAGAUGCAGACAUCAAGAGGAACCCAGAUUCCAGCAGGAAGUCCUUUCUCUCCUCAGAAUCCAUAUCCCACUCCUUCCUCAAUUCCAACUCGGCAGAGGCUGUGGCCAUGGGCUUGCUGAAGCAGUUUGAGGGCAUGCAGCUCCCAGCUGCCUCUGAAUUGGAGUGGCUGGUCCCUGAGCACGAUGCCCCACAGAAGCUCCUGCCAAUCCCUGACUCUCUGCCUAUCUCUCCUGAUGAUGGAGAACAUGCUGACAUCUACAAGUUGAGGAUUCGGGUGCGCGGAAACCUGGAAUGGGCCCCGCCACGACCACAGAUCAUCUUCAAUGUUCAUCCAGCCCCAACGAGGAAGGUGGCUGUGGCCAAACAGAAUUACCGGUGUGCAGGCUGUGGCAUCCGGACUGAUCCUGAUUGCAUCAAGAGGCUGCGGUACUGUGAGUACCUGGGGAAGUAUUUCUGCCAGUGCUGCCACGAGAACGCCCAGAUGGUCAUCCCCAGCCGCAUCCUGCGCAAGUGGGACUUCAGCAAGUACUGCGUGAGCAACUUCUCCAAGGACCUGCUCGGCAAGAUCUGGAGCGACCCGCUCUUCAACGUGCAGGAUAUCAAUCCUGCCCUGUACCGGAAAGUGAAGUCUCUCAACCAAGUGUGGCUGCUGCGAAUCCAGCUUUUCCAUAUGAAGAACAUGUUUAAGACGUGCCGGCUAGCUAAAGACCUCCUAGACUCCUUUGAUGCGGUGCCUGGUCACUUGACAGAGGAUUUGCACCUUUACUCGCUGAGCGACCUCAGUGCCACGAAAAAAGGGGACCUGGUGCCUCGCCUGACGGAGCUCCUGAAGGCAGGCAACCUGCAUGUUGAGAAGUGCAUGCUAUGCCAAGCCAAAGGCUUCAUCUGUGAGUUCUGCCAGAAUGAGGGCGACAUCAUCUUCCCCUUUGAGCUCAACAAGUGCAGGACAUGUGAAGAGUGCAAAGCCUGCUACCACAAAUCCUGCUUCAAAUCCACCCGCUGUCCCCGCUGCGAGCGGCUGCGAGCCCGCAGAGAGCUGCUGGCCAGGCGGAGCAUGGAGUCCUACAUCUCGGACUACGAGGACGAGCCGGAGCAGCCGGAGGCGGUGGCAGCCACAUGA